AUGGAACGUGCCUCAACUCUUCCAUCACGGGCAUGGAGCUGCGCGGCCCUGCACAAGGGGGCAUCUUACAUGGUAGGUCAGGCAGUGAAGGAGGAACCCGUCCAAUCGCUGGAAAAUCGUUUGUCUGGGAUGAGUCGCGAUGAGCUACUUCAGCAAGCUCGUGAAGCAACCCAAGCGAUACGGAUGUUGCAGGAGGAGGGAUCUUCUAUGGCACCUCCAGUGGAAGCUCCUCAUGAGGAGGCCUUUCCGCGUCAACCAGAGGAUGAGGCGGAUGACAGGGACACUAUGCUAAAGAAUGCUCUGAUGGAGAAUGCACGAUUAAAGGCGGCCUUGGAGGCCAAGGCGUACCAAGUGCCCUUGCCGUCAACCCCAAAGACUCCCCGCGCUCGCGCUAGCCCCCUGGAAAGUGCAAGCAGCUCCGACAAGGCCACGCCGGCCCCAAGCAGUGUGCCAUCCCCAUGCCCAAGCCAGCCGACCCCCAGUGUCAAGAGGGCAGUUGCGGACGUCAAGUCCGAGGCAGAGAUUGCUGAGCAGUUGCGCCACGUGGACCAACACAAGUUGGUUGAGAGGUACGAUCUGUCCGACAAGGAGCUGUCGUAUCGUGCCGUCGACGCCCGCCUCAGACGGCUCUGUGAACGAAAGGUCAAGACUCGGAAGCUAGCCGUGCCCGAGUGGGUUCAUGAAGAAUGGAAGAAUUUGGAUCGCCGCGAGACAUUGCACUUGUCUCUAGUUGAAGCCCUAAAGGCACAUGGUACACAAGCUUCAGCUGAAGUCCGCAAGUUGGUGAAGGCCAAGUUUAUCCAGCGGGUCACCAUCCGGGUGCGGGGGAAGGAAAAAAUGAUCAAGGGGCUGUGGUGCACGGAGGAGAAGAUGAGAACAGAACUCAAGUACAGCAAGACCUUGAUUGCCAAAAUUGUGGCUUAUUGUCGGAAGUUCCCUUUGAGUCUGGUCAGACCCUUCAAGUAUGACGAGUCAAUUUCAGAAUACUUUGUGGAGACGGAAGAGACGGAAACCCUACGGGCCUCUGAGAUGACGGAGGUGUCGCAGCACGAGCAGUUUGAGGAUUGCAAAGAGGGGAACGAUGCCUUUGACGGUGCGAAGGCUGAUUUUCAGACUAUGCAGAUGCGUGGCCCCGGUAAGCCUGAUGCUGCAAAGCCUGCAAACCCUGCUGACGAGGCCAUCGAGGACUGCAAGACUUUCAUUACGGCCAUUGGCAAUAAGCAGUCUACUUUGGCAUCCUGGCUAUCCCAAUUGGACGGUCCUUCCAGCGCAAACGUGGAGAAGUUCAAGAUAAUGCUGGUGUCGACCAAUGAGAUUCUGGAGGAGUGUGCCGAAGAUAUGGCCCAACAUUUGCAGGAUGUGGAGAGCAUGCCUAAAGGCGGCUCAGUGAGCCACACGUUGCCAGGAUUUCGGAUGCCAUUGCAGCGACGAAGUUGA